GUACCAGACUACCAGUUGUUGUUUCUACCAUCAGUGGUGUGUUGGUCUGAAAGCUUCUUAUUGCUACCUCGUGCUGUUGUUGAUUAUUUUAGUGUCAUUCACGCAGAACAAACAUGUAAAUGGACAAAAGUAAUGCAAUGUUAAAUUGUUGGCGUGCAGCACGUUUGUGAGGAUGAAAAGAUUAACAGGACUUGCGGGCAUACCAAAGUGAGAGUGUUUGUAUGCAGGGCGAGGCUGCGGCGGCGGCAGCGUGGAGGCGGUGGUGGUGCCAGGUUACGGAGAUGUUUGCACAGUGACUCGCCUCGUUCGCGUACCAAGAGUGGGCAAACAUGGGGAAAAUAAGUUCAUGGUGAUAACUUCACGUUGGCAAAAAUGGUAUUGAACGAAUGAAACGUCGACUGACAUAUAAAUAGUGGCCGCCUUGACAACUCUUUGGGCACGGACUGAACUACCUUCUUACGCCAAGUGCCCGAGACAGCUCCCAUCACGGCGGGGGCACUGGCUACGGUACUCUUGAUUGCAAGUGUUGCAGAGCGUGAGUUGAGGCGGAAGAUGACGUCGGCAGAGGCGGUGCAGGUGCGGAGGGAGGUGGUGAGGGUGGGGCCCCCCUACCUGUACAACGGAGCACAGGUGUGCGGGCGGAAGGUGAGUCGUACCUGUAUAUUCCUGCUGGCCACGUUCGGCGCCGCCCUCACCAUGAUCGGCGUCGUCUUCUUCACCGCCGACCUCAGGAGAACGUCGGGGCUGUGGGUGGCGGGGGUCGUCUUUAUUCCCGUUGGUGUGGUGUUGCUGGUGUGGUUCCUGGUGCUGUGCUGCGCCGCUCGCCGCACCUUCAGGGCCCUGCCGGCCAGCCACCCUGCCCGCAAGCCCUCCCGGGGUGUGCUCCUGCCUGCCCACACCUCCUCCACCUACGAGCUCCUCCCAAUGACGCCCAGCAGGACCCACGUGACCCCCGCCCCCCAGAGGACAACCACGCACACGCUACCUCUUCCAGGCACCCACAAGGUGUCCAGAGCUACCCAGCCUAACGGAUACCCGACCUGGGGCUACGGUUGGAAUGAAAGGAGAGAUAUGGCGGGGCAGCCCAGAGUCCAGGCGGCAGUGGACACGUGGGACUAUUCUGCGGGACUUGCAAUGGACUAUAAUGGGCUGCGGGGCUACCCACCAGACUGUACGAUGAUGGAGUACGACAGACACCCCCUCACGGCACACACGCUAGGCCGCCCCUCGCCAGGACUCCAGCGGGGCAGCUACGCGGCGGGGCACAACAUGAUGACCCUGUCCUCCACCCUCGCGUCGCCGGCAGCACAGAGGGGUGACGACAGCCCGCCCCCCUACCACAGCAUCGUCUCCGGCCCAUAGCCAUGCACCACCGACUCUCCUUCCUCCUUUAUUCUCUAUUCCUCUAUUCUCGGCGCUCCGCUCUGUCCCUGUCCCCAGCCUCUAUAAUCCAGCACCUCUUGUCAUCCAUUGUUCCUCUGUCUCUGCCCGGCCUCCGUGCCUUCCCUGUCACCCCUUGUCACUCGCUGCCCUCCCCCCUCCCUCCCUCCUUGGCCACGUACUGCUCACGUUGCUUGUGUCGGCCAUCUGUUUUUAAUAGGUUUUAACCAGACAAGAACAAUACUUGAUGAGAGUUGUUGACGAAAUACUGUUGUGCAUGCAUGUUUUUAGGUAUGUUCGGAAGAGUUUUUCAUAAAAGUGUUAAUAAAUAAUAAACAUGAAUAUAUCCCUUUGA